AUGACCGCAGCACAUAUCCCCUGCCUGACGGAGAGAGACGGCGAAGGUCCAGUGCGCAAGACGUUCGACUGCGACAAGUGCGGUUCAAAGUACUCUAGAGCAGAGUAUCUCAGACGACACGCGAGGAAGCAUGAGAAUGUGUACCCUUUCAAGUGUCCAUAUCCAAAUUGCACUAAAGAGUUCGCAAGGAGCGACGUCCUCCUCAGGCAUAGACGACGUCAACAUCCCACUUCUCCCCCACCAAGCCAAGCGCAGAACAACAAACGUCUAGCGCCAGAUCCCUCUCCUCCCAUUUCCCCCGUCUCUCCCUCCCAUCCCAAGUCCCGCCGACGCCGCUCAGGCCCCAGCGCCUACUGGGGCGAACAAACACUACGCUUCACACCCCCGCCCAACGCCUACUUCUCCCCUGGUCCUACGCCCGCUCCCCCCCUCUCACCACCAGCAGACUUCCCCCCAUCCCCAUCAUCCCAAGAUCAAGACCUAACCAAGUUCUCCCUCUCCCUAGACCCAGACCUCCCAGACUUCCCCCUCCACCCACACAGCCUACCCAUCGUACCCCCCUUCCAGCUCUCCGCAGCCUACUCCCCCACAUCCCCGUUAUACGCUCCCCCUCUCCCCCAUCUCUCGCCCAUACACGCACACCCUCUACCCAGCCCGCCGGGGUACGCAGACCUCCACCUGCUAAUCCCCUCCUCCCCCGGGCCCUACUCCCCGAGCCCGUAUCCGACCCCAGCAUCAGCAUCAGCGUCCGCCUUCCCCGGGGGGACGUACUACCCAGACCCACUCCGCUCCAGCUGGAGCCCACCGUCCCCCUCCCCCCCAGUCGAAGAACCCCACAGCCCCUAUCCAGCGCAAGCCGACUACCCGCGCCCGCACACGCUCCUCCCCGAACCUAGCGACCUGUUUUUCCCACAUCAUCAGGACUCGGCCGGAGGUGGCGCAUUCGCUUUCGUAGACUUGCAGAGGCUGUUAAGGGAGAAGGGGGAGUAUGUGCCUAUGCUGGGGGAGGUUGGGGGUCCUUAG